AUGCAUGGAAGAAUAGUAGUACCACGUGAACAAUCCUCUAAUUUAGUUCAUGUGAUAUGUAUUCGUCAUUACAUCUGUUUGAGGCAUAUCGGUAAUUCACUUUAUGUAGUAUGUAUUGGUAAUCCAUUUCAUGCAAUUCAUGCCGGUAAUUCAUUUCAUCCGGUACGUCCUGCUAAUUUAGUUCAUGCAACAGAUACUCGUAAUUUAAUUCAUACCGUACGUACUCGUAAUUUAAUUCAAGCGACACAUAGUGGUACUUCAGUUCGUGCGACACACGCUGGUAAUUUAGUUCAAGCGACAUACACCGGUAAUUUAGUCCAAGCGACACACAUCGGUAAUUUAAUUCAAGCGACACACACCGGUAGUUUAGUUCAAGCGACACAUACUGGUAAUUUAGUUCAUACAAUGCGUAACAGUUAUUCAGUUAAUAUGAUACGUACUAGUAAUUUAAUUCAUAUAUUUCGUGUUGAUAAUUUUAUUCGUAUGACUUAUUCUGGUAAUUUAAUUCAUAUAGUAUAUGCUAGUAAUUUUGUUCAUGUGAUGCGUACCCAUAAUUCAAUUUAUGGGACAAAUAAUUUAGCUCAUGUGAUGCGUGCUAGCAAUUUAGUUCAUGUGAUGCAUGCGAAUAAAUUAAAUUUUUCGAUACGUAUCGAUAAUUUAGUUCGUUUGAUGCAUGCUAGAACUUUAAUUCAUGAAGUACGAUCCGGUAAUCUAACUAAUGCAGUACGUGACAGUAAUUUAGUUCAUUCGAUACAUGCUUAUAAUUCAGCUCAUGCGAUACGUAUCGAUAAUUUAGUUCGUCUAAUUGAUGCUGAUGAUACAGUUCGUAUGAUGCGCACUGGUUUUUUGAUUCAUGUAGCGCGUACUGAUAAUUCAGUUCAAUUGAUGCGUACUGGUAAUAUAGUUCAUGAUAUACAUAUCGGUAAUUUAAUUCGUGUAAUGCUCGCUGGCACUUUAGUUCAUGUAUUACGCGCCAAUCAUUCUGUUUAUAUGAUGCGAGUCGGUAAUUCAAUUUAUGGGACACAUCCCAGUAAUUCAGUUCAUGCGAUACGUGCCCUUAAUUCAAUUUAUGGAAUGCAUAGUGAUAACUCAAUUUAUAUAAUACGUACUGGUAAUUUAGUUUAUGUAAUAAAUACUGGUAAUUCAAUUGAUGUGACGAUGCAUACUGGUAAUUUAUUUCACGUGACAUGUACUAAUAGUUCAGUUCGGGAAAUACGCAUCUUUAAUUCAGGUAAUUCAAUUGUUGCGGAACGUCCAGGAAAUAAUGCCAUUCUUGUGAUAAGUGUCGAGAAUUCUUAUCAUGCAAUACGUGUUGGUAGUUCAGUUUGUAUAAUACAUUGCAGUGAUCCACUUCAUGUAGUGCGUGCCGAUCAUUCCAUCCAUGUUUUACGUAUUGGUAAUUUAGUUCACGUGUUAUUCAAUCCUAAUUCAUUUCCUGUAAUACGUGCUGGUAAUUUAAUUCGUAUGAUUGGUAAUUCAGCUUAUUUGAUACAUGGCAGUAAUCUAAUUCGAGUAAUGCGUAAUAUCAAUAAUACAGCUUAUGUGAUUCGUACUCAUGAUAUAGUUCAAGUGAUACGUAACGAUAAUUCAAGUUAUGUGAUAUAUACUCCCAAUUUAGUUCAUUUAAUGUAUAGUAGUAAUUGA